GUCCUGAAUGAUCCAAAAAAUCAUACUAAUGAAAAUACAGUGGAAAACUGUUUAAGGAAGUAAUCGAAAUCCUCUUGUAAUUUUAACUGAUUUUUAUUAAAUUCAAACAAUAUUUGAAUACAUUUGACGACAUAUAAACUUAUAUAAACAAAUGUAAUUUUUAAGGGCCAGAUCAGGUAGCAGUACAUCCUAAAAAAUACAUAAGAAGAGAUUAAAGAGCAUUCUUUGAAAUAUCACACAUAACAUAUAAUGAGAGUGAAGAACCCCUCCCUGCACUGUAACAUUAUCACAUAAUCAAGCUCCAGUUUCCUUACUGAAAAAUAAACCACAAUCACCUUCACGUCUCUAUCACUACAGUACAUUUUCAUUACAGAGCUUCUCGGAGCUGCCUGUCCAGUCAGAAAAAAAACCCAAAAAACACAUAAUUCAAUUCCUCAUCAAAAUUCUGAUAAUAUUUUCCUGACGUAAAUCUAAUCACCCGCCUAUUGCCUGGCUAAUUAAGUCUCAUCAUGGCUGGGCGAAGUAUUAGAUAACAGUUUAAUGCAGCAGUCUAAGUGCUCAUGGAAAUUGACUUGAACUUGGUGGUGAAAUAUGAGCCAUGAAAUGUCAAAAGUAGCUGUAAUUCAUAUACGCCCUCCGCUGUUGAGUUAGUGUGAGGGGAAAAAACACUAAAAUUAUUAGUUUAGAAAACAUUUGGCAUUGUUUAUGCUAUUUAAUCUGUUAUAAUUUAAAAUGUUUAACAUGUAAAUACACCACAGCCUCAAUGCUCUAUUCUUAAGGUGAGGCCUAAUCAAAGAUGGUGCUCACAAAAUAAUUGUGACUAAAUAGUUAAUCAUAACUAUACCAACUGUAUAAUAUUAAUACAGUUAAGAAAUAGUAUACAUGUAUAAGAAAUAGUAUCUCUUAUUUUUUUCAGUUCAAGAUUACACUAUGCUCGGCAUGCUUAUACAGUUAAUUCUCUCCGAUAUGACUCUUGGGACAAGCUGAAGUGCUUUUGACCUGCCUUAACUGUGAGAUGAUGAUGCAGAGAAGGGAGGGUGGACUAAGUGCUGUAAUGACAGCCCGAGCGCUUCUGGAAAGCUCAAAGAUAACUAAUGGAGCUCAGGAAGCAUCACUGGAAGGAAGCAGCACCAGGCUAGAAGCCUGCGAGAAGAACCCAGGGCAACGCCAAACAGCUCGGCACAAUGAAAUGUUCAGCACUCUGGACAGCUCUCUGCGUUUGCAUGUAUGGGGCGAUGGUGACUUGCUCAGUGAAGAAGCUGGGCAAUAACACUGGGCGUUUUGCCAACGCCACUCUGGUGAGAUUAAAUGAGUUUUUAAGUGCCGGAUAUAAGAAAGGAGUUCGACCAGUGCGUGACUGGAGACAGUCAACGACGGUAGCCAUUGACCUAAUGGUUUAUGCGAUUCUCAAUGUGGAUGAGAAGAACCAGGUCUUGACAACAUAUGUGUGGUACAGACAGCAAUGGACAGAUGAGUUCCUUGCGUGGGAUCCUGAAGAAUUUGAUGAAGUCAAACAGAUUUCCAUUCCCACUGCCAACAUCUGGGUUCCAGAUAUUCUCAUCAAUGAAUUUGUGGAUGUAGGAAAGUCUCCUGACAUUCCUUACGUCUAUGUAGGUCAUAACGGGCUUGUUCGCAACUAUAAGCCUAUCCAGGUGGUGACUGCCUGCUCCCUCAACAUCUACAACUUUCCUUAUGAUGUCCAAAAAUGUAGCCUGACGUUCCAGAGCUGGCUGCACACAACUAAAGACAUCAACAUCACUCUAAUGAGAACCCCCGAGGAAGUAAUGAACGACAAGAGUGUGUUCAUGAACCAGGGAGAAUGGGAGCUGCUUCACGUCCUCUCCACAUACAAAGACUUCAGCAUAGAUAAUGAUGAUUACUAUGCUGAAAUGAAGUUUCAUGUUGUGAUCCGACGCAGACCUCUGUUCUACACAGUCAACCUUCUUUUGCCCAGUGUAUUCCUGAUGGUGAUGGACAUUGUUGGAUUCUACCUGCCCCCAGACAGCGGAGAGAGAGUAUCCUUCAAGAUCACUCUGCUCUUGGGCUAUUCUGUCUUUCUCAUCAUCGUCUCAGACACUCUGCCAGCGACUGCCAUAGGGACCCCUCUCAUUGGUGUGUACUUUGUGGUAUGCAUGGCGCUGCUGGUCAUCAGUCUUACCGAGUCUGUUUUGAUCGUGAGGCUGGUGCACAAGCAGGAUCUUCAGUCUCGUGUGCCGCAGUGGGUCAAACACCUGGUGCUGGAGAAGGCCACAGUCCUGCUCUGCAUUCGCAACAAGAAGGUCUGCUCGCUCCUCUCGCAGGGAUCUGACCUGCCGCUCUACAAAGAGAACAACAUGAACACAGCGGUUCACUGCAACCAUCACAGCUGCGAGGGAUCCAGAGACUCCGGGAGAAACCUGGGCUUGGGGCUGUCCACGCGGGACGCCGGGCCUCCCGUCAUGGAAGGCAUCCUACGUGAGAUCACCACCAUCCGUCAGUUCAUGGAGAAGAAGAACGAGAGCAGGGAGAUUGCUAAGGAGUGGCUGCAGGUGGGGUACGUGUUGGACGUCCUGCUGUUUCGCGUCUACCUGCUCACCGUGUUGGCCUACAGCAUUACUUUAGGCACACUGUGGUCCGUCUGGCAGAACGUCUGACCACAGAUGUGUAUCACAGAGGGAAGGCGCCAAUUCUGUCUCACUGCUUAAAGUAAACGCAGUGUUUGACGUAGGUUAAGUGCUGGUAAUGCGAUUGUUAUCUUACAAGAGAAUAACUUGAGGACCAUAGAGGAGAAAUGUGCUUUCAAACCAAGAGUUAUUACUUGUAGACUGCUGUUCUUACUAAAUGAAAGCUCUUCAAACUGCUCUCUGAAAAAAAGCAUACAGAAUACAUGUAUGAUUGUUAUAUCUGCUUAUAUUCAGUACAACAGAACAAUUGCAAGUAUGAUAUUCUUUUCAUACAACAGUAAAACAUAAAGAAGUUAAAAGUGAACAACUCACAUUUUGGAUACAUUAUGGGAAGCUAUUUUGGUUAUUUUUUUCUCCGCCAAUGGAGAAAGAGUUCCAAAAGAAGCCAAAGAAAGAAGCAGCAAAGCUUUAAAACAUAUGAAAUGCAUAAAUAACUCAUUGUUGAACAGUAUAUCAAAACUUUUAGCGGUGUUUUGUCGUUUUUUAGUAUUUCAAAACUAAGAAAAAAUAUCUUUCUGCAUUAGAUUAAUCACACUGAGGUCAAACAUACACUACCAUUCAAAGUUUGGGGUCAGAUUUGUUUUAAAAUCAAAUGAAUACUUUUCUUCAACACAGAUGCAUUAAAGGGAUAGUUCCACCAAAAAUGAAAAUUAUUCCAUGAUUUACUCACCCU